AAAAAAGAAACCACUAUUAUUUUCCACUUAGGACUUUUUGUACCGUUCCAAAUAAUUUAACACUUAUCAUGUUGACAUUAUUUUUGUUCAUACAAUAAAAUUCUAUUUAUUGUUGCUGGUUAUGACUCAAAUGCUAUAAUAAAAAAAUGAGGUAUUUCUAUUAAUUGUGACAUUGUCAAGUUUAGUAUGCAGAAGAUACAUUAUAUAUAUAUACUACGAUAUUCAAGCAGCAAAUUAUCACAGUACAAUCUUUUAUCAGCCUUUUUAGUUUAUUGAAGAGAAAAUCCCAAAGAAGCCAUGGUUAGCCUAUCAAGCUCAGGUUAUUACCUUCUAUUUUGCCUACUAGGCUUACUGCUUACCCAUCUCCCUUUUCAUUCAGCCGACCCAGAUCCUUUGCAGGACUUCUGUGUAGCAAAUCUUAAUGCCACUUUCUCUAUUAAUGGAUAUCCUUGCAAAUCCGUCUCAGAAACUACUUCUGAAGAUUUCUUCUUUAGUGGACUAAGCAAAGAAGGUGACACAAAUAGUAACCCUUUUGGAUUCAUUGUUACCGCUGGGAAUGUUAAGACGUUUCCAGGGCUAAACACUCUUGGGCUCUCCAUGAAUCGAGUAGACUAUGCCCCGGGUGGUUUGAAUCCUCCUCACUCACAUCCUCGUGCUACCGAGACUGGCGUGGUCAUCAAAGGGAAGCUCCUAGUUGGGUUUAUUACAACUGACAAUGUUUUCUACUCCAAGGUUUUGACUGUUGGAGAGAUGUUUGUCAUUCCCAGGGGACUUGUUCACUUCCAGCGAAAUGUUGGAGAAGGAAAGGCCAUGAGCAUCACUGCCUUCAACAGUCAAUUGCCCGGGGCUGUUGUCAUUCCCACAAAUCUCUUUGCCACAACACCACCAAUUCCUAAUCAAGUUUUGACUAAGGCCUUCCAAGUAGGAGACGAUGUCGUCAACAGCAUAAAAUCCAAGUUCGGUGGUUGAUUUAGUGGUUCUCACAAAGAGAAGUUUUCAAGUUCGAAUCCUAAAAAAAAAAAAAAGAAAAAGCAAGCUUGGUAGUUGGUGCUUGAUUUACUGCCCAAAGAUUUAUUUGUUUGUUACAUGUUCUCUUGAUUUGUUUCUCUCCAAGUGUAUCUUUGCUUCAUUACUUCUUUUAUGCAUGUACAGUGGAAAUAGUCCUUACUGAACAAUGUACGAGCUAUGUCACUUUUGGCUUCAGUCUUUUACUUUUACAUCCUUAAACUUAAAGAAUAAAUUCAAAUAAAACAUUGGCUUUACAUAUUGGAUACAUGACUUGUCUAGUAUAUCAUUCAUUAAGCUGUAAGGCUUCAGAAUGUUUGCAGCUUGACUUUUUAACACAACAAUUAAAUCUCUAUUGACAUAAUUUUUACUUAUUGAAGAUUCAGAUUCCCUACCUUAAUUUCUGGAUUAUAACUUUAAUAGCCUAGAAGAUUGUACAGAAAAAAGUUAUAGAAUUUGGAACAAAAGAUCUAGAUAAAACUUGAAAGAACAGUCUUUACUCAGCUAAAUUUAACAAAUUUUCUAUAGGUACUGAUACAGCAAGAGUACAGAGUAUCCAGUCAGAUGGUACAUAGGGAGAUUAGAUGAAUUCUACUAUCUAUCGUAUUACAAUGAUAAGAAUGGUCAUAACAUUAAGAAACACAUUUUGGCAUCAAAUACAGAAAUAAUCAAACAAGUUCCAAACAGAUUAAGAAAGAAGAACUCAAGAAUGGUCGUCUUAUGUUUGUCGAUCGAAACUACCACCAACCUGCAUAUGCAGCCAUUCGGGCGGUGAGCCUUGAGCAUAAUCCCUUGGUGCUUGUGAACCAAAUAACGAUCCUGCAGCAUCAAAUGCCUGCAGACCAAUCUGAGAUACAACUUUAUCAGGUAAGAAAUCAAGCCACUUCAAAGCAUUCUGUUGAAAUAAAUUGUAAUCCAUAAAUGAACCAUGCAUUUAUUACACAUCAAAUAAAUGAAUGACAGGGAUAAGAUUGCAUGACAUAGGGCGGCCCAAGCCCCUACCUUUGUAGUCCUAGUUGACUUUUCAUUAGUUACCCAUUUAUUAUCAACUAGUUAUUACUUACCUUGAGCUGCCAUUAAAAGACUGCAAACAAGUUUCUUUCCAUACAAAACAAGGCACACCAAUAAAUCAGAAGAGAUUUUGAGGAACGGAAGAACAUCUAAAUGAGGAAAUGGCAAUGGAAUUAUUGCUGUUUAAGUAAGUUGACAUGUUAAAAUUAACUUCUAUUACCUCUAGUCUAGGACACAAGUCCCAGUCUAAUGUAUAUGCAAUUAACACGUGUUUUGAGUCCAAGACUGCGUAUCAUCGGGAGUCGUAGGGGGAGCCACAGAAUAAAAAUCAGAGUUUUUUUACGAAGAAAAAGAAAAUGUCAAUGUUCAUGAAAAGCUUUGUUAUGUCUAUACCAAAACUACAAACACGGGGGCCUGAGAAAAGAAAGAAAUUGUAUUUCCAAAGGUUCAGAUUCAAGACUAAUAAUAAAGGAACGGGUCAAACAAUUCUACGCAAAUUGUUUGCCUUUUCUUUUUAUGUUCUUAAAUUGUUACUUUCUACAGAUGAAGACAGAAUUAUACCUAUUUGCAAUCUUAUUGGGAUGAAAUUAACAGAUUUGAACAUACACUUCUGAC